UUUUUUUUUUAAUUUUCGUGUACGUAGAAGCAACCUCAUUAAAAAUCAACAUUUAUUCAACACUCUGGUGACUUUCUUUCUUAAGAAGCCAAUUUUUCUCCAAUUUUUCCAAACCCUCAUCAAAUUCUCUCUCUCUCUCUAGAAACAAGUGAGGGGUUUUCUCAUCCGCCAUUACCGAUCACUCGUUGGAGAAUCCGCUUCCAGUUCGCCCGCAUUCAUCAAUGGAUUUCCACAGCAAGAAACUCAUUAACGACCCAAACGAUGUGGUGACAGAGUUUAUUGAAGGUCUGGUGGAAACAUAUCCUGGAUUGCAGUAUUUGGAUGGUUUUCCUGAAGUUAAAGUUGUGUUACGUGCUGAUGUUUCUGGCUUGACGUAUGACAAAGUAUCCGUUAUAUCAGGAGGUGGAAGUGGUCAUGAGCCCGCUCAUGCUGGAUUUGUUGGAGAAGGAAUGCUCACAGCAGCAAUCUGUGGGGAUGUUUUUGCCUCACCUCCCGUGGACUCAAUUCUUGCGGGUAUCAGAGCUGUGACUGGUCCUUCAGGGUGCCUCCUUAUUGUCAAGAAUUACACUGGCGAUCGCUUGAAUUUUGGCCUGGCAGCUGAGCAAGCUAAGUCUGAAGGUUAUCAAGUCGAGAUGGUAAUUGUUGGUGAUGACUGUGCUCUACCACCUCCAAGAGGCAUUGCCGGUAGAAGAGGUUUAGCAGGAACUAUUCUCGUUCAUAAGGUUGCAGGGGCAGCUGCAGCUAGUGGUCUCUCUUUAGCUGAAGUUGCUGCUGAAGCUAAACGAGCAUCAGAAAUGGUUGGAACAAUGGGUGUCGCGUUAUCAGUUUGCACAUUGCCUGGUCAGGUGACCCCAGAUCGUUUAGGCCCUGGCAAGAUGGAGCUUGGUCUUGGAAUUCAUGGAGAACCAGGUGCUGCUGUGGCUGACCUCCAACCCGUUGACAUUGUGGUUUCUCAUGUUCUGAAUCAAAUAUUGUCAACGGAAACAAAUUAUGUUCCCAUAACACGUGGCAGUAGAGUUGUACUCAUGAUUAAUGGAUUAGGGGCUACCCCCCUUAUGGAAUUGAUGAUUGCAGCCGGAAAGGCUGUUCCCAGACUACAACUGGAACAUGGAUUGGCGGUCGAGAGGGUGUAUACUGGUUCAUUUAUGACCUCCCUAGACAUGGCAGGUAUAUUAUGCACGAUCUCGAUCACCGUAAUGAAGGCAGAUCAGACAAUUUUAAGCCGUUUGGAUGCCCCAACUAAGGCUCCAAAUUGGCCUGUUGCAGCUGAUGGUAACCACCCACCUGCCAAGAUUCCUGUUCCUAUUCCGCCAUCUCGGUCAAAAAAGAAUAAAGAGACAUUGAGUCGACCCGAGCAGCUGAGUUGUCAGGGGCAUAUUCUUGAAGUUGCUAUUGAAGCAGCAGCAACUGCAGUUAUCGAUCUUAAGGACAGUUUAAAUGAAUGGGACAGCAAAGUUGGUGAUGGUGACUGUGGAUCAACCAUGUUCAGAGGUGCAUCAGCCAUUCUUGAAGACAUGAAAAAGUGUUAUCCACUGAAUGAUCCUGCCGAGACUGUCAGUGAAAUCGGAUCUUCGAUAAGCAAGGUUAUGGGAGGAACAAGUGGAAUCAUAUACGACAUAUUCUUUAAGGCAGCAUACACACAGCUUAAGACAGAUAGCCCUUCGAACAUUACCGGGCCCCAAUGGGCUGCUGCUUUUGAAGCUGCUAUUGCUGCAGUGAGUAAAUACGGAGGUGCGAAAGCGGGUUAUCGAACAUUAUUGGAUGCUCUUAUUCCAGCAUUUUCUGUCCUUAAAGAGAAAUUAGUGGCUGGUGAAGAUUCUGUUGAGGCCUUUGUUUUAUCAGCCGAAGCAGCCGUCGUUGGUGCUGAGUCAACUAAAAACAUGCGAGCUCAGGCGGGACGGUCAUCAUAUGUGUCUGCAGAGAUUUUAGCAUCAGUUCCCGAUCCAGGGGCCAUGGCUGCAGCUUCUUGGUACAGAGCAGCGGCAUUGGCUGUAAAGAACAAUUACAACAAGGCUUCAUGAUUUUAAACAUUAUAUAUUUCGGCAACCUUUUUUUUUUGUUAUCGAGGAGGGAAUUUUACGAGCGAAUUUUUGUUACUCGAAUUUUCCGUAAUGAAGAAGCUUUCCGCAUAUGCAGUUGAUAAAUGCAUUGAGCCGAGAGAGCGUAAAAAUUCACCCCCAAUACCGAAAUCUAAUAGAUAGAUAGCAGAGAACUGUACGAGUUUACAUUGUGUAUGAUUUUCUUUGAUGAAACACUUAUUCUGCUGAUUAAUGUGUAUCGUGUGUAUCGAUGAUCUCGAAAUGAAAAAUGGAUUAUUGUUUUUGAAUUCGGGAUCUUUUAUAUAAUCUUGAGAUGAAAUACGAGACUUGGAGC